AUGACCGCCUCAGCGCCUUCCCGGGCCCUUUCCCGCCUCCAGCUUACCCAGAACCAUCUCAGAGCCAAUUCGUCGACUCCAGUUUUCGAAAGCGUAACUGUGGGUGCUAAGUAUACCCAAGAGUAUAAGAACUACGCUGUGGAUCCUUUGACGAGCAAGGUGGUUUCGUAUUUCCAUGACAUUCCUUUGCAGAAGAAUAAGCAGGCUAGAACUGCCACUAUGGUGGUGGAGGUGCCACGGUGGCUGAACGGGAAGUUCGAGAUCGACCCUAAACAGCCUGGUAACCCGAUUAUCCAAGACGUCAAGAAGGAUAAGGUCAGGUUUGUCCGUAACUUGUUUCCUUACCAUGGGUACGUUCACAACUACGGUGCUCUUCCACAGACAUGGGAGGACCCUACGCAGAAGAGCAAUGUGGAAGAUUUGUAUGGAGAUGGAGACCCGUUGGAUGUGUGUGAAAUAGGCUCCAGAGUGUUGCCUACGGGCACAGUUACCACGGUGAAGAUUCUUGGCUCUUUGGCUUUGAUUGACGAUGGCGAGUUGGACUGGAAGGUUAUUGCCAUCAAUACAGAGGACGAGUUGGCGUCUGAACUUAAUGAUAUUUCAGAUGUGGAAAAGAAGUGCCCUGGCCUUCUAGAUGCUACCAGACAGUGGUUUAAGGAUUAUAAGAAACCAGACGGGAAGCCGGAAAACGUGUUUGCAUUCAAAGGUGAAUAUAGGAACGCUGCAGAGACGUGGGAGACCGUUGAAGAGUGCUACGAGGCCUGGAAGAAGCUUGUGGAGGGAAAGACCGAGGCCGGCAAGUAUGCCAUUGAAAAUGUCACUUUGGAGGGUACCCCAGGCAAGAAGAAUGCUUUUGACUUUAACGAUAGCGUUUUCGUCGAGGCUGCUGUGUCUGACGCUCUUAUUCCUGACGAGGUGCACAAGAGCUUUUACUAUUAA